CAUAAAGUACAUGUAAAGACUAGAAAUAGGUCGUUGUAAAUCACUGUUGGUAGAUAACAGAGAUCUAAGGAACUGCAUUAGAGAUCAUAUUAAAAACACGAAGUUGAACUAUCAAAAAGAUGUAUACAUUGGGAUUUUUGUUCGCACUCUAUUUCUGCAACGUCAUUUCAUACAAAGUGAACUUGGACUCUGAAGAGUAUAAAGAAUGGCGUCGUGGAGUUCCUUCACCGGCACUAACAAAAGCAACUAGUACUGGCAAAUGUAUAAAAGACUUGGUUAUUCUCGUCGAUGCAUCACGGUCCAUAGGUGGACCAACUUUUAAUUUAAAAGUCAAAGCAUUUUUGAGGAAUUUGAUUUCCAAUCCUCAGCUUAAUGUCGGUCCUGAUGGAACCCGAAUUGCUUUUGUUAUAUUCAGGGACAAAGAUUACACAGAAUAUCUUCUAAAGUUCGAUGCUAGAACACAAAAAGAAUACAAAACUUUUAUAAACAAAGAAUUGAUUUAUAGUGAUGCUUUUGGCGGUCAAACAUAUACGGGAAAGGCUCUAGGGAUUGUGGACAAAGAUGUAAUCUUUUUUGUAGUCCUAUUACCGUAUAACUAGUAAGUUUUGUAUGGUUAAAUUGACAGAAUCGAAUAACAUAUAUACUUUCUUUUAACAAGAUCUUUAAAACGAACAGUCCUGACAACAUCCGACCAAAGAUUGAUGACGUUGUCUUGUUGCUAACGGAUGGUCAACCCAAUGGAGGGCAUGCAGUUACCAGUGAUAAAGAAGAAAAUUUGAAUUCCGAAAUGGUCGAUGCCCGAAAUCAUUCAAAGUAAGGAAAAAAGAAAAAUGUUCUCAUUGUUGGUGUUGCUUUUGGCCAGAAAAAUUGUGAAAUUCCUGCCAGAAAUUGAAAGAUUGUCAACUUCUAAAAAGACAACAUUUGACAGCGACAUUGAUAGUCUGGACAAGAUACGGGACCAAAUUGUUAGCGCUUCCUGUAAUAAACCAGUUUCAAGAGCUCUGUGUAGCUGCUCAUCGAUUCAAUCGAGCACUAUGUACAUUGUACCACCGGUAACAUCUGUUGACGUGAGCUGGCCAACACCAACAUUUCAAUGUGGAAACAACAAAAUUCCCGAGCAUACAACAACAAUUAAUCCGAAUAUCGUCGCCCCGCACAGUUUCUCUGUUGGUCAUCAUCCUAUUGAAUAUACUUACACAUUUAGUGGUGGAUCUCUUAAAUGUUACGUGAACAUCACAGUUAAAUCAUGUAAAUGCCCAAAUACGGCACUAAUAAACAAGGACCUUGAACCAGGAAAAACCACAGCAACAGUUGAAUGGAAAAACCCGAGCCGAACUGUCCACAUACACUGAUAAGCGUAUCACCAUCAGAAGCAAAGUCAGGCAAAAUGAAUUUUGGGUUUGGGGAACAUGACAUCACCUAUAAUUACCGCAUCAAAAAUUCACCGACAGCUUGUUCCCUUCUCAAAUGCAAAUUGAAGAUCAAGGUUGGCGGAAAAGUGUGCGGUGAAGUUGGUAUGUCUUCUGCGCAAGUCUGUUGUUGUGGUAAGGCUUAUGACAGUAAACAAAACCACGAGUGUUGUGGAUACCGGUACUAUAAUAAAAGCAACAAAAAAUGUGUGGGUUCCUAUACCUUGAUAGAUUUAUCACGACCCAAAUUAUCUUAAAAACAAUGGUUGAAGCAAACUUAAACAGUAGUUUUAAUUUAGUUUUUUUUAAUUGCAUGAGAUAUAUAUUAUCAAACACAUUGAGAAGAUUUGUUGAUUUCAUACCAAGUAGAAGUAUGUACUAUGUAGUAAUUUUGUGUACAUUUUAGUUAGCAGAUAUCUUUAUUAUUGGUAAUCAUACUAUCAAAUGUAGGUAAUUGAGCUAUUUUUUUCAAGAUAAUAAAAAGACGGAUUUCGAA